UUUCCAAUAUGGCGUUGCACCUGUUUUCUCGGACGUUUUCUGCGCACUUUUAGACAAUAAACCGUCUGAAAUUUGGUGUUGGAAAACUGGAGACGGCUAUUUAAGAGUCGGAGUAACCUGCUUCGUCCAGAAUGUCCACAGAGGAGCUGUCAGCGUCGGACAGCGAGGCUGUGUUCGCCGGCGCCGGGGAGCGAUGGGCACCGGUGGGCGCCGUAGCCAGCCCGGAGGAUGAGAGCGGCGCUCAGCCGAGGCAGCGAGGCUCGGCGUCGGCCACCGAUGAGGAGAUGGCCGUCCGGCUGAAGAAGCUCGAAGAUGAGCAGGACUUGUUGAACUCUUCUCUUCUCGCCCUCACCUCUCACUUCGCCCAGGUUCAGUUCCGACUGAAGCAGAUCGUGCACGCUCAGAGCGAGGAGAAGGAGAGGAUGCUGGCCGAGCUGGAGGAGUUCGCCUUCAAGGGCUGCCCGCACGUCCUGGGCUGCAGAGCUCAGGAUGCUAAACAGCUGGAGAACUCGAGCGAGAGGGAGAAGAGGGAGCGUCUGGAAGCUCAGAGGGAGAAACAAAAAGAUCUCAUUUUCCAGCUGAAGACGCAGCUGGAUGAUCUGGAACACUUCGCCUACCAGGAGGGCAGCUACGACUCGCUGCCGCAGUCCAUCGUCAUGGAAAGACAGAAGGUUAUUAUCGACGAGUUGAUCAAAAAGUUGGACGUAAAUCUGAACGAGGAUAUCGGGAACUUGUCCCCGGAGGAGCUGAGGCAGAGAGUGGACGCGGCCAUCGCUCAGAUAGUGAACCCAGCCAGAGUCAAAGAACAGCUGGUGGAGCAGCUCAAAACCCAGAUCAGGGACCUGGAGAUGUUUAUCAACUUCAUCCAGGAUGAGGUGGGAAACCCAUUAUUGUCAGAUGCUGGACCGAGCCAGCAGCCGAAAGCAGCGGGGACCAAUGCCAGAACUCCAGGAGUGAAAAAGAAAGUGGAUCCAGAGCAGGCCCAGAGGAUGCGUGAAACUGGCCUUCAGCUGAUCCAGAAGGCGCUCGCUGUUUUGCAGAUCUUUGCUGCGAGUCAGUUUGGUUGCUCUGCCGGCCACAUCCCGCAGAACAUGUGGCCUCAGGACUCUGCUGGGCAGGACUACGGCCCUCUGCUGCAGCGUCUGGAGGCAGCUGUGGAGACUGUGCGAGUGCUGGGCUCCUGCAGACACCCUUCAGUCGAACAUGUGGUCAGCUACACCAGCAUGACUACGCUCAGUGCCAGGGACGAGCUGACCACAGCUGUAAGGAAGGAGCUGGCAAUUGCUCUGAAGGAGUUGUUGUCUCAUGGUCUCUUCUCACCUUCCCAGACCAUGAGUCUGGUGCUGGCCCCCAUCUCCUGCCUUAUUCCUUACAGACCUGCCCCACAAGUUAUGCAUCCAUGGGAACUUUUUGUUAAGUACUACCACUCCAAAAACGGGAAGGCCUUUGUGGAGUCACCGGCUCGUCAGCUCUCUCAGUCCUUCAGCCUGAACGUAGGUGGCGGUCCAGGGAAAGUCACCCCGAAGCAGUCCCUGCUUUGGGCCAUUCACACGGUUCUGAAGGAGCACGGGCGCUACAAGAGAGGACCGGACACGGAGUUCAAAGCUCUGGUGUGCAUGGCUCUGAACGAGCAGCGGCUUGUAUCGUGGCUCAACCUGCUGUGUAAAUCUGGGACUCUGAUACACCCGCACUACCAGUCGUGGAGCUACAUGGCCCAGACUGGCUUCGAAGGAGCUCUGCGCAUCCUGGGUCGUAUCAGCCACCUCAGGUUCAACCUCCCGGUGGACCUGGCUGUACGGCAGCUCAAAAACAUCAAGGAUGCUUUCUGACUAGGCAAAAUAAUGUUACAGCUUUUUAUCAGCUAAACCACGCUGCUCUUAGCUUGUUUUCAGGACCAAAAACACGACGGUGUGUUUCAAAAACGUUACGUUUUAAAUCAUCAA